AUGUCAGCUACUACUACAGUUCGUUCCAACCUGGUUGUGACUCCUCAGCCACGUCUUCGUGAUUCGCAACAGGAUCGACCAUUUGUGUGUCCUGUGCCACUCUGUGGUGGUCGUUUUCAUCGAAAGUUUACACUUCAUGAACAUAUUAAGACUCACACGGGUGAACAACCAUAUCAAUGCCCGAUUAAAUUUUGUGGCAAACGGUUUAGUACGUCUGGUAACUUGGCACGUCACAAACGUCUUCAUUCGUUGCAUAAGAUUGAAUGUCCAGUGGCUGGAUGUACACGCAUUUUUACCAACAAGGACCGCUUGGCCAAGCAUCAAAAGGUGCAUAAUGGAAGUGCUAUUCAUACAUGCAAGGUAAGUGGCUGUGGUAAGACGUUUAGUACGUCUGGUAACCUUACGCGACAUACAAAGACACAGCAUCGAUCAGUGCCACUUCCAACAGGCAAGGAAUCGUUUUUGAUGCUGUCAAUGCAAUCACCAUGUGAUGAAGUUCCUAUGGUCGAAUUUGAUACAAUGAUGGUUGUCUCACCUAUGGAGGAACAACUCCAGCAAUAUGCAUUUGUCAAUACGCCAAGUGACCCAGAAAUAUUGUCAGAAGAGGACUUGAAAGACUUGUUUGAGUGUUUAUUCUAA